CCAUGUGAGAGUCAGAUCAAUUGCCAUUCUUAAAACUACAGAUGACCCUUUAAGAGUUCCACCAUGGAAGGUCCAACGCCCUCCAAGCAAGUCAAACUCACCGAUUCUUCCGCGAACAAGGAACACGACCCACCUGCGUGUCUCGCCUCCGCCUCGUCUUCGCAACCAAGCUCCUCCUCAAAGACGGACUCGUUGGAGCAAGAAUCCACUCUGGAGGUUCUGGAACAGAUUGACAUCUGUCAGGGAGAGUUGGAAAACUUGAACGAAGAGGCCAGCGAGGAAAUCAUCCAAAUUGAGGAGAAGUUCAACCGGUUGCGGCAGCCUCACAUCGACAAACGCAACGAGUUCAUCAAGCAGAUUCCUAAUUUCUGGAUUUGCACUUUUGUAAACCAUCCGCAGAUUGCUCCGCGACUCAGUGAGGAAGAUGAGGAGUGUCUGCACUAUCUGCGACAGCUGGUCGUCCGUAACUACGACGACCUCAAGACAGGCUACAGCAUCACAUUCCACUUUGCCAAGAAUCCCUUCUUUGAGAAUGAAACCAUCAGCAAGGAAUUCAGUCUGACAGAGGACGGAGAACCUACGAGCAAAUCCAGCGAGAUUCACUGGAAGCCUGGCAUGGAUAUUACCAAGAAGCUGAGAUCCAAAGGCAAGAUGGACGUGCCCUGUGCUAGCUUCUUUGGCUGGUUCAGCGAUCAUCUAGACGCAGGCAACGAUGAAAUCGCAGACGUUCUGAGAGAUGACCUGUGGAGCAAUCCCUUACAAUACUACCUAAUCCCUGAUGUGGAUGACUCACUGGACAAAUCAGCGCUCAUGGACUCUCUUAUGUACAGUGAUGACGAGAGUAACAAUGUUGAGGUGACCCCUGUAAUUGACCCAGAAUCCCGUCCAAUCACAGCCAAGAAGGAUGCCAACGAUGACUCAGAGACUGCAGAGAACCAUCCAGCAUUGAUUAAGAGUAAUGAUAAGAUUCAAGGGACAGAGGACAAGUUGGUGGAGAACAAUGUUAGCACAGACGAUAGUAAAGAAACAGUCAGAGACGAUGGAUCCUGAGCAUAUCUACAUGUAUAAUGUGUAGUAGAUUUUUUAUCAAAUAUCUGGCCAGAGCUGAUAUAUGGUCCAACUGACUGGUGAGUAUUGGUAGUUUCCUUCGCACAAAAUUGGUUGAAAUGUUUUUUUUCUAGGUUCCGUCGAUGCCUGCGUGUGCAGUGCAAGACACUGCUCAGCUGGCCUGUACCAUUCAAACGCUUACUCUUCGCUGGAAAAAAGUUGAUGCCAGAGCAAAGCCUAGGUGUUUUUUUGACACACUUUAAGCAACAUUUUUGUAUUCAACUUAAAACACAUUGGAUGCUCUGUUUUUCAAUUUAAGGCAAAAUUCAACGCCAAAGUUGUGAAUGCUGACUAAAACCCUGUGGGUAGAGAAGGCAUGUUAUGGUAAAGUCUCAUGCUCAAGGACAUCAGACAAGGCCAAUAACUGGAUUUGAUCCUGCCAAUCGAUUCUUGAGCUGUUCUUCCUUUAACGCACAACAUUUCCAAAAAAACUUUUAUUAUUAUUGAGCACUGAAUAAAUUACAUUGUGAUUCAAUGUAGUACAGGGUGCUGAUGGUUGUAUGUUGGUAUGGGACAGCAUAAAUAACGAUGAUAAGCUUUAAAUUUUUAGCGUAAAAGGCCUAAAUGCUUGACGCAUUGAGACCAAUCUUCCAAAUGAGUUAGUGGAUAGAAGUAGUAGAUAUUUGCCGUAUUCAAAUUCCUAUUACUGAUCAGUAUUAAUUGUUUAAUGUACAGUUAAAACUAUGAGUUGGAAAUACUGCCAUCGAAAAAUUGUUGUUUGAUCAAGGGAAGAUUUGAUCGUUUGAUCAAGUAGACUACGCACUGUGUGCGAGAAAUAUAGGUGGUGGUGUGUAUGCACAAGUGAUUUUUAAUGACGGUACAGCCAAGAUUUGGCAUGAGCGAAAAGUGUUCAAGCAAGAACGCACAAUGAAAACUGUCCCAAAACAUCUGUAAACCGUAAUGUGGUGUGUUUUAGCCUGAAGCCAUAGACGUGCACAGAGUCCAUAGACCCAUAGACCCUUUGCAGUGCAUCCAUCUUGGAGGUUUGUCCUUUGGUUCCACAGGUAUGAGAAGACUUCUGAUGCCACGUUCGCAUUGUACUUACAUAUUUUUUCCAAGUUACCAAGAUUGUUAACAUUCCAAUGUGGUCAUUCUACCAUGCUUCUGCACUCGGGAUUAACUUCUGGCCAAGGAAAGUUGUUCUUUGCGUAAAUACUUUUACCGUACCGUACCGUGCUCUCUAGGAAUUUUAUGAGGACGUCCUACUAUUGAUCUUUUAACCUAUAACGCCAGAUGUGGUUGUGGAAAAAAAUGUUCCACAUAAUAUCGCACAGCACAGCAGAAAUGCGGUAGAAUCUCAUGUACAGAACGUUGGCCUACGCGUGAGAAUUACAUAGGUUACCGACACGGAAGUCACGUGAUUAUUAUGCUAGUUUUACAUAGCAGCGGUCUUUCGCACAGGACUUUUCAAUGAUGUAGAACAAUGUUAUUCUUCCACGACCCAGUUGGCCCUGUAAAAUUUAAUGCUGUGGACCAUUAAGCUAACAUUCAACUAUCGCCAAUUAAUGAUUUGGGUAGUUUACGCACUGGACUUAAUAUGGUCAAGUUGACAAGUCUCCUUAAAUUUGACAAUAGUCCCUGUUAUUUUAACCUAAAAUUCCAAUGUAAACAGUGCUUUAUUGAUACAGAAAUAAGCCUCACAAAUGGCUGUUGAAUGCACGGGAUCUUUAGGCCAACCAAAGUGUGUUUGUAUCGAUCAUGGGGCUCAGAUAUUGAGCUUUUAAAACAUUUUGUACAUGGUAGUUAUAUUUUAAGAUGUAGUUGUUAGUACAUGUACCAAAUUGUACCAGUAGAAGUGAGAAUAUCAUUAUUUUAAUUUACUGUUCCGGAUUUGAGCGUAAGCCCCACCCACUUUCGCAGUCCAGCAACAACACAUACAACACCCCCAAUGCCGCACUAUAGAUGUUAAGUUGUAUAAAACGCUCUUUUUAACCAGUUCACGCCGGGAUUAUUUUGAAAACUUGAAAACUUUUGCGUGUAUACAUGUCAUCUGGCGCAAACUGGUUAAGAGAAAACCCGAGUACACUGCUUACAUGGCUUUAUAUUCGGGUAUUUGCAUGAGCCCGUACAAGGAUUUCAAAUCUCUCUUUUCUCAACAUCCCCCUGGGGGAGUUUAUUGAACGGCCACAACCAGCAGGACACCAUUAUUAUUAUCACUUGACUGAAUGACAUGCUACUUUUGCCUAAAUCCUUUUUGAGUGGCCUAAAACACCCGCAAUUUUUUUUCAAUAAAAUAUAAUAUCCAGUGCCAUAUUUGUUCAUGUCCAGUAAUAAAACCAUCUAUUAUUUCUUUUGAUUGUUGAAACUGGUGCACAAACAAUGGAAAUCCUAAAUUAUAGGUACAUUGUGUAUGCAUGGUGUGUGUGUGUGGGUGUCCAGAGAGGAUGGACUGCCCACCUGCUAUUGGUCAAAUUGCCUGAAGACAUUAACCAGAUACAAUGUUACAGUGAUGAGCUGUGUAAAUGAUAAACAAUGACAUCCUGGUAUGGAAGAGACCCUGGAUUUUAAAAGGGAAAAUCACCUUAUUGUUAUUGAACACAGUGUCACAUGUUUUAAUUAUAGUAACAAUACAAAAAAAGUGCUUUAUAGACGGAUGGUAAAGCUCUAGAGAAAUCAUGCGCAACUGGGCACCUGUCUGACUUAUGUGGGACAUAUGUACGUGAAACGGGUUUCAGAGUCAUAGCUGUGAUUGGUCGAAACAUCAUGAGGCGGGGCUCAACAGAUCGGUCCAUUGUGAGAAUUGUUCUGUUUCAAAUCCCACCAGUAUAUCUCUUUUUGUAUAGUGUUUUUAGUAUCACAUAAUUUUAUGCAGUGUAUAAUUUAUCAAAAUAGCUUGCAUUGUAAAUAUCUGUACAUGUACAUUGUGUGCUCAAAACCAAAGCAACGUCUGCGGAGAGAAGCCAGCCUUGCCGUAUUUGUGUUUGAAAUCUAGGCAUAAUGCAAGAAAAUUGGUUCGUGCUUGUAUGUGAGUAGUGACAUGACUGUAGAUGAUAGUGCUGUCAUGUAACUGUACUUGUGUCAGCAAGUUUUAGAAAAGUUUAUUGCACAUUUGUAAAAUACGAACCUCUACAACAGGGUCUGCAAAAAAAAGGACUUUUCAAGUUUUGGGGUGUGUUCUACUUAAGUGAACAAUCUUAAAGGUUGGCAAUGUUUAUGCAAGCAUGGUGCAAGCAAGCGGAACUUUUGAGUGUUUACCAGCGGACAAUAUGCCGAUGGCACCAAAAAAGGGCAUGACUUUUCUUUAAGGGCACUUGUUUAGAAGAAAAGAGCAAUUGUUAACAAAAGAAGGGCACUCCUUACAAAUGUUUUUUUUUGGGGGGGGGGGGUAAAGCGCUGUUUAAAAAAGGGUAUUUCAAUGGAAAAGGGCAGUUUUUAUAAAAUAUUGGGGGGUUCCCCUUAACCCCCCCCCCCCGAAAAAAAUGGUGAUGGAAUUGGGCUUCAACAUUUCCACAAGUGUUCUUUGUUGUUUUAAACAAAGUUGGUAUUUCCAAAAUAAGAAUCUGUGUAGUAUGCGGUCAAUAACUAGUAUGCGAGAUGUGUGUUCUGUCCUGGUUAAAUAAAACAUUUAAUAUGAAAUUUUUAUCAAAACAUUACUACUGUCUUUUAGAUACAACUUUGUGUGGCUUAUACAUAUGAACAAAAAUCUUACAAAAUCUUGUAAAUGUUAGGUGGAUUUUGAUAGAAAUCACAAUUACAAAAUCGGUGUAGACCUACAUGUGAACCAGCCAUCUAAGACGGCAUCUUUAGUUUUUUUAAUUCAGUAAAUAGCAAGUUGUUAUUAACUUUUACAACUUCAAACAAAAUCCACCUUUCACUUCACAGUUAUACUUUUUUUUCAUAUUAAAAAUAGAACCAUCAACAUUUAUUUUAUAAUUUUACAGAGGUGAGUUUAAUUUCGUUUUUUUUUUUACAAUAGAUUAAAGCCUUUUGAGAAAAAGUCUGCUCUAAAAAUA